GCAGACGAGGGACUGGUCAUCAUGAUGAUGGGUUCCUUUUGUUGUGAUUACAAGAGGAUAAAUCAGCAUUUUAAAAUGUACAAAGGAACAACUAAAGAUCAAAGUUCUUUGAUCGCAAUUAAAUCCAAAUAUAACAAGAUUGCCGUAGAUGAGGCACCCAGCACCGUGCUUAUGGAGUACAUCGCCAACUACACAUCUAACUUUUCUCUCUCAAUUACUAUGCUGGCUACACAGAACUCAACAUGUGGUUCAGCGAUCAAUGCCAGCGCUGGAGAAGGGGACAUCGAUGUUCAAAGAUCUACAACUCAUUAUCUCAACAAAUUCCACAGGAACGGGAUCUGCGCCUGGACUAUCGAAGCUGAAGAGGAUGAAGUUAUUCAGCUCCUCAUUACAGAAUUAGACAUGCGAACUGUAGUACCCGAAGCUGGCUACUCGGACAGCAGUUACCUGGAGAUUUACGAUGGAGUACAAACAGACAGCAGCUUACUUGUCCGAGCGCGCAGUGAUGAUGAGCUGCUCCCUGUAACAUCCAGGACCCGGCUACUUCUGAUUGUGUUGACCCUUAACGAAGACUUUGGCUUCGCUGAUGCUUAUUUUGCAGCUCGGUACAAGUCUUUUAACAAAUCUGCCAUCCUGAGGGAUUGUGGCGGGGACAUUUCUGGUGACGAGGGUGUUGUGUUGUCUCCAAACUACCCGGCCAACUACGACAACCUACGAGUGUGUGAGUGGAGGAUCACAGUGGAAGAUCCCUUCUUCGUUAGAAUGGAAAUACAUGACAUCGACAUAGGACCAUUGUUUGCCCCGUAUCCCUGUGCUGGAGAUUCUUUGCUGUUCACAGGUGCAUAUCCCAGUGGAGACUCAGGGUCGAACUUCCGACUAUGCGGAAUGCGCAUCAACGACUAUGGACUUGUGAUAUAUUCUGUAAACAACAGCAUGACGAUGAGGUUUGUCUCUGACUGGGAGGAUAAUGGACGAGGUUUUAACGCGUCCUGGAGAAAAGCAUGUCAGUGGCCACAGCAGACUACAGAGGGCUGGAUUCAGUCGCCAGGGUUUCCCUCCAGCUACCCGGACAAUGUGAACUGUUUGUAUGAGAUACAGAUACCUUAUUACCAAGCUGGUUACUUCAUUACCUUCACUUUUGACAGCUUCAAUCUGCAAGAGCCGGAUUCCAAAGGAUCUUGCAUAUACGACUAUCUGGAGAUCCUUCAAGUUCCAUGGAAUAACCCGGGAUAUGUCAUACCUCCAGAGGCCAAGAAGGUCUGUGGAAGAGAACCAAGGCAAAGCUUGACCACCUAUUUUCCAACCACUCUACACUUUGUCACAGACAGCAAUAUAACAAAGGGUGGCUUCAACAUUUCGUUUGUGCGGACAAUGGCUGGAUGUGGCGAGAAUUUGCUUGUCGGUGAUAAAGGUUUCGUCACUAGUCCUAAUUAUCCAGGGACAUUUCCUCCAGGCCUUCGCUGUGAGACCACCAUACGAGUAGAACCUGGACACAACAUCACCUUGACCUUUGAGUCAUUUUCCCUGGGCUAUGAAAAUAAUAAUUGCUUGUGGUCUAUGAGAGGUAUCUUGGAAGUCUACGACAAAAAUUCAUCAGGAUCAAUUCUGAUUGGGACAUACUGUGGGUAUUCAUCACCCCAGCCUAUCACGUCGACCAGCAAUGAGGUGACCCUCGUCUUCACAUCCAGCUAUAACUAUUUCGACACUGGGUUCAACGCAACAUACGUAUCGACUUCAGCAUUGACCGGCAAGUAUUUAUCUUUUCUGAUGUAUGAAGUAUUUUCAGCAGUAAUAUUUCAAGUUGUAGACGUACUUGAAGUACAAUUUUAUGAAAUAGUUUAGAGACAAAUCUUAUCAUGUAUG